UUUAGCUGCCACUCCUUUGGUCACGGUCUCCACUUGACGGUGGUCCCAUAGCCACCAGCGGGGAGUGGAUGGAAGGAUGGAGAGGAGCCGGGGUGCAGCUCCUCCCAUGGAAAUGGCUUCCCGGCAGCAGUUAACAUAGGUCCCGCCCGGAGGAGGAGUCUGCAGCACCGGGAAACCGAAACUAGACGACGGGAGAGGCUGGGGAAGCCCCGGAGCCGUGCCACGCCAUGGACGGCCUCGAACCCGCGGUCCCGCCACUGGAGGACAACUUCCAGUUCGUGCUGUGUGAGGGCUGCCGGCAGGAAUCGCCCGACCUGAAGCUGCUCACCUGCCUGCACACGCUGUGCUUGGGCUGCCUGAGAGAGAACAAACCUGUAGGGCAGUGCCCCGUGUGCCAGGCGCCCAUCCCGCAGCCUGACGGCAUCCCCGACGUGGACAACGUGCUGUUCAGCAGCCUGCAGGCCCGCCUGAGCAUCUACCAGCGUGUGGUCAGCGGGGCCGAGCUGCUGUGUGACAACUGUGGGAGCAGCAGUGAGUACUGGUGCCCGGAGUGCAAGGAAUUCCUGUGCACAAAGUGCUUCGAGACCCACCAGCGCUACGUCAAGCAGGAGAACCACGAGGCCAAGAGGGUUCAGGACAUCAGGGUGGGAUCGCCACAGGAGUUCCUCGAGGGCACCAGGAGGACCAGCAGCUUGUCCUGCCCCAUCCCGACCCACCAGAAGCAGACUCUAAGCAUCUACUGCAAGCAGUGCUGCAGGGCGGUGUGCUGCAUCUGCGCUCUGCUGGACGCCGCUCACAGCGGGCAGCACUGCGACGUCAGCACGGAGGCACGGCUGCGGCGGGACGAGCUGGCAGCGCUGGGGCAGGAGCUGGCGGGGCAGCGGGGCGGCUUCGAGGCGUCGCGUGCGGCGCUGCAGGACGAGGCGUCGCGGCUGGAGGCGGCGGGGCUCGAGGUGCGGGAGCUGGUGAGGCAGCGCGUGGAGCAGCUGGUGAGGCUGAUCCGGCACGAGGAGAAGGAGCUGCUGGCCACGGUGGAGAGGAGGCAGGAGAAGAGCCGCAGCGAGCUGGAGAGGGAGCUGCGGCGCGUGGAGGCCGUGCUGCGGAGGAUGGAGGCGGGCGAGAGGCUGGUGGAGAAGAUGGGCCUCUAUGCCACGGAGCAGGAGGUGAUGGACAUGCAGCCCUUUGUCAAGGAUGCGCUGGAGGAGCUGCGGAGGCAGCGGCCGGCGGCGGAUGGGGAGCUGGGGCUGCACGAGGACUUUGCCGAGUGCCGUGGCAGGCUGCAGGCGCUGGCUGAGCGCAUCGAGGGGCUGCAAGAAGCUGCCCCCGCUCCAGCCACCACGGAAAGCUCCCACCAGGUCCCAUUGACCUCCAACCCUGCCAAGAGGAAGAAAGAUGAAAGCACCACCACGCUGCAACUUCCUGCAAAAGUGAUAAAGGUUGAGAAGGACGACAAUGAGUGGAGCACGUCAGUGGUGCCACAGGAACCAAACUGCUUGCCCCAACCCCAGACCAGCUUUUCUGCACCCACUAUGGCUGCCAGCAGGGAAGGUUGCCUGCUGAACAUCAUGCCAGACAGCAGCGAUGAGAUGCAUGACUCAGAUAGCGACCUUCUCAACUUGGGCAGUGAUGAAGAGGACAGCAUGGAUGAGGAGUUGCUGGACCCCAGUCUGCUAGAUGAUAUGCUUGAGGAUGGCACCAGCAAUGACAACACACACCUUCCCAUCUGCCUCCAGAACACGCUGGAUGUGGGACAAGGAACCGUGAUCUUCUUUGACGUUAAGAUUUGGAAAAAUGAAGUCAUUCAGAUGGCGGUGGUCGAUAAAGAGAAAAUACUCUCAGUCCUCAUUCAGCCCACGAUGCGUUUGCCCAACUCGACGGCCAAAACUAGCAGCUACGAGGUGGGCCUGAGGGAUCUGCUUAGCCACCUCAGCACCAUCCGCAGGCCCAUCCUGGCUGCCUUUAGUCUCUGGUCACUGCCCCUUCCCACCCUCCUGAAAAGCCUGACGGCCAUUGGCAAGAAAAAGGAGUUCCUCUCCAUGAUCUACGGCUUCCUGGAUGUUCUACCCCUAAUCAAGGAGAAGGUCCCCGAGAAGGAAAGCUGCAAGCUGAAGAACUUGGCCAGCAACUUGCUGUGGCGGGACCUGAGCAACUGCAGCACCCUGGAAAGUGCGAGCGCCAUGAUGGACCUGUGCAACGUCCUGGAGAUCGACCUGGAGAACAAACCCACGCAGCUCCUCAGCCCUGCCAGCCUGGAGUCCUUCAUGUCCCUGCAACCCUUGCUGGACAAGAAGCUGCUCAGCCGGCCCUCGGCCCAGACGUUGGCUUCCCAUGGCGUCGGCCUCCCCGAGCUGCACGCCUGCUUCGCGUGCGACCCCGCCAGGGGUCUCCCCAAGAUGUGCGCCUUGGUCAAUGCCCACAGGCAUCCCUCUGAGAAGAAGGUCCGUCACCUGAGCAAGAUCAAGGCCUACUUCCAGCAGCAGCCGCUGGCGGGUAGCAGCCAGACCUCAGUACACGAUGGGUUGCUGGAGGCUACAAAGACUAAGCAAGACAGAUGAACGGUACUCCUCACCAAUCCCACCCCAUUGCCCUGCGUGGGAUGCAACCUGGGUUUGCGGUUCAAACGCCCAAAGUGAGCACUCUCCAAACACAAUGCCAGCCAGGCCGUUGCCUGAUGGGGCAAUGACCUUAAUUGCCCUUUCUGUGUAUGCAUGCAGAUGAAAUAAAUUGUUUCUUUGCUUUGUCA